UGCGCGAGCCCCGCCGAGAGUAAUGUUAGAGAGCUGAAGAGUGAAGACACUGCGUAUCGCCUGUGUUCUCUCACACACAGCCAUUGCAGAGCAUUGAGAUCCAGCCACAGUCCCUAGAUCCUGCUGUCAAGAUGGGGAAAGAGGUGGGUAAGCCGAGGGGGAAGAUGUCUUCCUAUGCCUACUUUGUCCAGACCUGUCGGGAGGAGCACAAGAAGAAGCACCCUGAUGCUUCGGUGAACUUUGCCGAGUUCUCCAAGAAGUGUUCUGAGCGAUGGAAGACAAUGUCUUCCAAGGAGAAGAGCAAAUUUGAGGAUCUAGCCAAACAGGACAAGGUUCGAUAUGAGAGGGAGAUGUUGAACUAUGUUCCUGCCAGGGGAGCAAAAAAGAAGAAGUACAAGGACCCUAAUGCCCCCAAGAGACCCCCAUCUGCCUUCUUCAUCUUCUGCUCAGAGUUUCGCCCUAAGGUCAAAGGUGAGAACCCAGGCUUGACUAUUGGAGAUGUUGCUAAGAAGCUGGGUGAGAUGUGGAACAGCACCGCUGCAGAGGACAAGCAGCCCUAUGAGAAGAAGGCCUCCAAACUGAAGGAGAAGUAUGAGAAGGACAUCGCAGCAUACCGUGCUAAGGGCAAGGCAGGUGGUGGCGCACCAGCCAAAGCCCCGGCCAAGGUAGAGAAGAAGGACGACGAUGAUGAUGAGGAUGAAGAUGAUGAGGAGGAGGAUGAAGACGAUGAUGAGGAUGAUGAUGAGUAGAUGAUGGCGAGUGGCAUAUAGUGGUCAUUUGUUUGUUUAUAAAGCAUUUAACCCCCUUGUACACUUCACUUAUGAAAGGAAACACAUUAGUAUCCAGGGGGUAAAAAAAAAAAUCCACAAAAAAGGCUGUGUAUAUCAGUUGUUUUUAUGCUGUACAGUUUUUUUUUCUCCUUUUUGUAUAUUUAACACUACACAAGUAUCGUGUCUGUAUCUUUCUGCCAGUCUUAUUUUUCCAGUGGUAGAUCCUAGACCACUAUCCCACCUGGUACAGUGUAAAGGGGUGGGCUUACAGUAUUUACCCUAGCUAGAGGUGCACAGCACAUAAAAAAAAAAAAA